GAUGAGGAGUUGACCGAUGACACGCCGGCGACGGCGACGGAGAGCGCUGUGGACUCGACUCUGAAUCCAUCCGCCUCCACUGGAUCGAUCUCCCGCUCCCCUUUCCUCCUGAUCUCCUCCUCUGUCCCUGCUGCCUGGGGAGAGGACGGCCAGCCAUGGCCCCUCGAUCUCUCGCCGCCCUCCUCCUGCUGCUCCUCUUUGCCGCCGCCACCUACCCCUCCACCCGCGCCGCCACCAGCAGCAGCAAGGACGAGGAGGAGGAUCUCCAGUACCUCAUCGACAACACCGGUGACAUCCCCGACAACGACCCCGACGGAUGGCUCCCGGACGCUGACGGCGACGGCGACUACGGCGACGACGACGACCUCUUCGAGGACCAGGACCUCCUGGACCAGCAGCCGCAGAUCGACGAGACCCACGUCGUCGUCCUCACCGCCGCCAACUUCUCCUCCUUCCUCGCCGCCACCCGCCACGUCAUGGUCGAGUUCUACGCCCCCUGGUGCGGCCACUGCCAGGAGCUCGCCCCGGACUACGCCGCCGCCGCGUCCCACCUUGCGGCCCACCACAGCCAGAGCCACGUCGCUCUCGCCAAGGUCGACGCCACCGAGGACACGGACCUCGCCCAGAAGUACGACGUCCAGGGAUUCCCCACCAUCCUCUUCUUCAUCGACGGCGUCCCCAAGGACUACAACGGCGCGAGGACCAAGGAUGCCAUCGUCGAGUGGAUCAACAAGAAGCUCGGUCCGGGGGUGCAAAACAUCACCGCCGUCGACCAGGCCGAGAGGAUACUCACAGGGGAUGACAAGGCCGUCCUUGCCUUCCUCGACUCGCUAUCUGGUGCUCACAGUGAUGAGCUUGCAGCUGCUUCAAGGCUGGAAGAUAGCGUCAACUUUUAUCAGACUUCAAGUCCCGAUGUUGCUAAGCUUUUCCACAUCGACCCAGCAGCAAAGCGCCCAUGCGUAGUAUUGCUCAAGAAGGAGGAGAAGUUGACCUUCUUUGAUGGGGAGUUUAAAGCAUCAGCGAUUGCCGAUUUUGUGUCUGCAAACAAGCUUCCUUUGGUUACUACACUAACUCAGGAAACUUCCCCUUCAAUUUUUGGCAAUUCAAUCAAGAAGCAGAUUUUACUAUUUGCUGUUGCAAAUAAGUCCUCGAAAGUUUUGCCCAUCUUUAAGGAAGCAGCAAAGUCAUUCAAGGGAAAGCUAUUAUUUAUCUUUGUGGAGCGAGACAAUGAGGAAGUUGGUGAACCAGUUGCCAACUACUUUGGUAUUACUGGACAAGAGACCACUGUUCUUGCUUACACUGGGAAUGAAGAUGCUAGGAAAUUUUUCCUUGAUGGUGAAGUGUCACUGGAUGCCAUUAAGGACUUCGCUGAAAGUUUCUUGGAAGACGAGCUCACACCAUUCUACAAGUCUGAACCAGUACCUGAAUCUAAUGAUGGUGAUAUCAAAAUUGUUGUUGGGAAGAAUCUGGAUCUGAUAGUUUUGGAUGAAUCGAAAGAUGUCCUUCUGGAGAUAUAUGCACCGUGGUGUGGGCAUUGUCAAUCACUGGAGCCUACUUACAACAAACUAGCUAAGCAUCUACGUGGCAUUGACUCCCUUGUGAUAGCCAAAAUGGAUGGAACUACCAAUGAGCAUCCACGUGCCAAGCCUGAUGGAUACCCCACGAUUCUAUUCUAUCCAGCUGGGAAGAAAAGCUUUGAACCUAUCACUUUUGAGGGGGACCGGACCAUUGUAGAGAUGUACAAAUUCAUCAAGAAGUAUGCUAGCAUCCCUUUCAAGUUGAAGCGCCAAGACUCAUCAAAGGCGAGAACCGGGAGCACUCAAACAGAGGGUGUGAGGAGCUCUGGUACAAAUCUGAAGGACGAAUUGUAGGGCAUUGAAGUACCACGCAGCUUAGUGCUGGCUGUUAGUUUUGAGGUGGAUCCUCCUCUGCAAUCUUCCCUUUCUGGACGAGGGAAUAGGAGAAAUCAAUACUGGUUAUCGAUCAAGUAGAAAGUGGUCAGUUGAGGACUUGGACAAGUCAGAUGGGAACAAAUCGGGAUACGAUCGAAUAAAAAGCAAAUCCUUUCCUUUA